AGGAUGUGAGAACUUUUAAAACAUUUUUUAACUGAUACUUUCUUCCUCAUUGUUGAAGUGCUUCCUUAAAUAUUGAAUGAUUGUUUUAAUGCUUUCACUUUCCGUACUGUUAGGAUCAGUGGUCGUGGUGGAGAGUUUGCAAGGGGGGAAAUUCAAGGCCGGGUUUGGGGGAGUUUCCGUUGCAGUGGAGGCGGGGUGUGCAUGUGAGGGCUUGUGGUCAUGAGUGGUACAGUAAUAUUGUGUCAGGGCGUUAAAGAGUGUUUGUUCAGUCGUGUUUGUUCAGCAGUAACAUAGGAGCAGCUCCUGUUCUCUAAUCCUCGCUCAUCUGUACUUGUACACCCUCCACAGCUUCAUUCCAACAUCGACAGUAAAGCUUUUCUCACACUCUUCAGCGGUGUAGAAAUAUGAAGUUUCUGGAGCUGGACGAUUCCAUCAGUCGCUUCAGGUUCACCCAGUCCUGUGUGGGGCUGGCAGGUUGCCUGUGUGUGUGCUAUGCAGUGUGGACACCUCUCUGGCUGAAGGAUCGGGGACUGUGGGCAGAGUGGAACAGCACUGACAGCCAGCAGACCGGUCACACACACAGCACUGUCUUGAAUGCUGCUGAAGCAGAGAGAGUAUUUGGCGUUCUCUCCUCCAUCAUGGCUAUAAGCACUGGGGCUUUGUGUCUGGUGUUCGCCCUCUGCUGGACAUCUCAGACAGUGCGCUCCUACUCCAACACUCGCUCUCUGCUCAUGGCAGGACAGGCUCUUUACCCCACCACGGUGCUCCUGCUCACCAUGGUCUCCACAGGUUUCUUCUUCCUCCUUGGCUGGGCUCUCUUCACGUAUCAGCACCGAGAGGAAAUCCAACAGGACUUCUCUCAGCUCGGCUCUUCCUACUGGCUCGGGGCUUUAGGUUGGGUCCUGCUGCUGGUCGUGGAGACUAUAGUCUUUAUUGCUGAACAGAUUGUCGUGCCAGACAUCCUGCCCGACUUAGAGAGGGCUGUGGAGUCGUGGCGGAUUUCCUCUCAGCUUAAUGCCGCUAAGCACUCUUUUAGCGAUGGGUAUCACCCUGGCAACAGCCAAAGCAGCGUUAUUCCACAGAGGUAAAUGUCAGCUCCUUGAAUGGGAUGCAGAGAUUAGGACAUGACAGAGAAAAUAAUGGUGAACGUGUGAGUUGCACGUGAAUGCACACGGAGAGCGGCAAUUUUGUUGCGUGUUUAUGUAACAGUACGACCAGACUGAAUACUGAUUAACCCAGGGAGUUAAAAUGUGGCUACACAAAUUUAAAGCUCUGGAUCUUGAACGUCGAGUCCAGUAGUGGAUGACUGUGGCGGUCGAUGCUGCAGAAUGUUUUCAGUAUGAAAAGGGAAAAAAAACACUAAGGACCAGAGUAGAACACUCUCUCAUCAAGAGAUCAAAGACUGUAAAAAAAAUAAAUAAAUCAUGUUGUCAAGCCCAGGAAAGAGGAUGGAGGUAGCAAUUAGCCACCAGGGAGCGACUCCAUUGGUCCAUGGACAUGGAGCUGAGACAGAGAUCCAGCUUUUUAAACUUUUUUGAACUUGUCUAAAAUGUCUAAAGGUACUGAUGAAUGUUCAUCUAAUGCCAUCGUGUGAUGACCAAAACUCUUAAAGAUCAUUAUGAAUGUGGUAAUGUGAGACAUUUGAUGUAUGGUGUACAGGACAAUGUCACUGUGAAAUACUAACUUAAACUACAGUAUGUUUCACAGUUUUGUUAUCAUAUGCUGACCAUGCACUUUACCUUAUCUUUACCUCUGCUGAGGAGGUCAUGUUUUCUGUCUGCCUGUCUGUCCGCCUGUCUGUCUGUCUGGGGGCAGAAUAAAUCAAAAACCAAAGGUAAAGAUUUAGAUUAUAUUUUCUGGGGAGGUUUUUACCCAGGAAUACAACUGAUUACAUUUUGACUGAAAAGUGAAACUGUGGGUGGAGGUUUGCACUCUAUGAGUCCUUCCUCUAAUUUUUUUUAGCAGGAACUAUGUAACAAUAUCUUUUCUGUCAAGCAAUACUAUCACACUUGACUGAGGGAACACUUGUGUGUAUACACCAGCAGAUGAUUGGGGGGGGUUAUGAAGAGUUUAUUUUUUAUGUAUUUAUUUUUUUGAGAAUUAGAAUUCUCUUCUGAAACGUUUUGUGUUUUCGAUCAUAAUAAACCUCCUGUGACCACAG